GGAGGCACCGGGACCGGGAGCGGCACCGGCUUCACCUUCAGCGGCACCGGGACCGGGAGGUGUAAUGCCCUGCUUUAGUUUCUGCUUGAAGCAGGGACAUUGGGUAGUGAUUGAUAUAUCAGCAAAGCUGGAAUGGAGGCAGUGAAGACUGUUGAGGGGUGUCCAAUCAGUUUGAACAUUUGGGGCCAAGAUUAUCGCAAUCAAUUUAUUAGCAGCAGGAACGCUGCACUAAAUCAGAGGUUCCAGUUAAUGCUUCAUUGCCUCAGACUGAUCCGAACAAGUGCCCAGUCAGUCAGGAGCAGAGGUGAGAAAUUUGAUUUUGCUGCCAAUCAGUGCGUUAUCUUCUGAUGGAUGAAGACCCUAACGCUGCAAAGCCUUGUUCCCAUGGCGAGUCCUGCCGUCAGUCCUGACUCCUCUUCCUCCGAUAACCUCAGUCCAGAUGAGCUGGAACUUCUAGCAAAGUUGGAGGAGCAAAACAGGUUGCUGGAGGCUGACAGUAAGUCAUUACGAUCAGUGAAUGGAUCGCGGCGGAACAGCAGUGGCUCCCUCGUAUCGAGCUCGUCAGCUUCGAGCAACUUGAGCCACUUGGAGGAGGACACCUGGAUCCUGUGGGGCCGCCUCAUCAAUGAGUGGGAAGACGUGCGGAAAAAGAAAGAGAAACUGCUGAGGGAGCUUAUACGAAAAGGAAUUCCCCAUCAUUUCCGGGGAAUUGUCUGGCAAUUGCUGUGCAACGCGACUGAUAUGCCAGUGAAAAAUCAGUAUUCCGAACUGCUGAAGAUGACCUCUCCCUGUGAGAAGUUAAUCCGGAGAGACAUUGCACGGACUUACCCAGAGCACGACUUCUUUAAAGGACAGGACAGUCUUGGCCAGGAGGUGCUCUUCAAUGUGAUGAAGGCAUACUCUUUGGUUGACCGUGAGGUUGGAUAUUGCCAAGGAAGUGCAUUCAUUGUGGGGCUGCUCCUCAUGCAGAUGCCCGAAGAAGAAGCGUUUUGUGUGUUUGUGCGUUUGAUGCAAGAAUAUCGAUUGCGAGAGCUCUUCAAGCCCAGUAUGGCAGAGCUCGGGCUCUGCAUCUACCAGUUUGAGUAUUUAAUCCAGGACCAAUUACCUGAAUUGUACGUGCACUUUCGGUCGCAGAGUUUCCAUACGUCAAUGUAUGCAUCUUCCUGGUUCCUGACCAUUUUCCUCACCACGUUUUCACUGCCGUUAGCUACCAGAAUAUUUGACAUAUUUAUGUAUGAGGGCUUGGAAAUCGUGUUCCGCAUUGGGAUGGCCAUCCUUCAGUUUAAUCAGGUGGAACUGAUGCAGCUUGAUAUGGAAGGAAUGUCUCAGCACUUUCAGAAGGUGAUUCCUCAGCAAUUUGAUGGCUGUCCCGACAAACUGGUCCUGAAAGCUUACCAGGUCAAGUACAACACCAAGAAAAUGAAGAAACUUGAGAAAGAAUAUACUACAAUCAAAAAUAAGGAAAUGGAGGAACAGAUUGAAAUUAAAAGACUCCGAACUGAAAAUCGCCUCCUCAAGCAGCGGAUUGAAACCCUCGAGAAGGAAAGUGCUGCCUUGGCAGAUAGAUUGAUCCAGGGGCAAGUAACCAGGGCGCAGGAAGCUGAGGAGAACUACGUCAUCAAGCGAGAGCUGGCUGUAGCAAAGCAGCAGUUCACCUCAACCAGUGAGAAACUAGAGCGAGCACAGAGCACCAUUCAGGAACUGCAGGAGCUCAGGUGUGAUCACCAUCACGAUGAGGAGGUUGUCAUGCAGCUGAAGAUGGAACUGGAACAAUCUCGAUUGAGAGAAGCUGAGACACUGACUGCACUGAAAGAAAUGCAGGAUAAGGUCCUGGAAAUGGAGAAGAGAAACAGCUCGCUUCCUGAUGAGAACAACAUAAUCCGCUUGCAGGAAGAGCUGAAAGCGCUGAAGCUGCGUGAGGCCGAGGCCGUGACUUCGAUGAAAGCACUCCACCAGAAGGUGAAGGAUUUGGAUGAACACUGGCAGCGACAUCUCGCCCGGACUGGAGGCCGAUGGAAGGAUUCCCCGAGGAAGAAUGCCACCAAUGAGUUGCACAACGAGCUGUUGACAGUGCGGUUUAGUGAAGCCCAGGCUCACGCGGAACUGAGGGAACUGAGACACACCGUACUGGAGCUGGAGGCACAGAACCAAGUGAAUACUAACCUCCUGAACCGAACUGAGCAGACAUGUACUGGUCUGCAGGACAAACUACAGUACAUCACAGCCCAAAACAAAGGCCUGCAGACUCAGCUGAGCGAGACCAGACGCAAGCAGGCCGAGGUGGAUUGUAAGAACAAGGAGGAGGUUAUGGCUGUCCGGUUUCGGGAGGCUGACAGUAUUGCUGCCAUCGCUGAACUUCGCCAGCGAAUUGCUGAACUGGAGAUCCAGAGAGAAGAGGGUCGGAUCCAAGGCCAACUGAACAACUCUGACUCCAAUCAGAUCAUUCGGGAGCUGAAGGACCAGAUCACAGAGUUAAAAACAGAGAUCCGACUCUUCAAAGGUCAGGGCUCCUUUCCGAUGAGCUUUGAUGGGAUUCAUAUUGUGAAUCAUAUGGUCGCAGAUGACGAAUCCACUCAGUCGUCCGAUGAGGAUCUCUUACCUAGCCCCAUGGGAAUAAGCGGUCUGCAGGAGGGGCUCUACCCAAUCCCACACGGAAAUGGGCAUUUCCUCAGAGGGCUGGAGAUCUCGGGAAAGGACAGUGAUGGCAGCACUGACAGCGAUCAGGAGGAGCGGAAUUCUGCACUGGAGCUUGAAGCUGAGAUGGCCAAUCAUAUAAUGUGUAAUGACAGCCCAAAUAAGCCACCAUCCAUCUCGACAACCGUUUAAUGGGGAACACUAUGGCAUUCCACUCAGUGAGACUUCACCGUGUAUGAGACCAUCCUGAACUGUCGAUUACUUCUCUAAGAUUUUGGUCUAACAUUAAAUUCCAUGCAUAUUUGCCGACAAGGAAUCCUCUUCACUCAGCAGUCAUUUUAAAUGCUGCUGUGUCUGAUCAUUAUUUUUCCAUUGAAGGGAAUGGAGUAGGGUAGUUUGGAAAAACGUUGGGAUUCUCUGGUGUUGUCACUGUUUUCUGAAACCCAGCUGCCCAGUUGCUAAAAUAUUGGUGUUCAGUCUUCCGUGGUGCUUAAUGUGCUGUCUUCCUGGUGCACACUGCACGUGGGGUACAGGGGCUUGCAACAACACCAGAAAGCUGGUGUCUAUGGGAUCUGAUCUCUCCUCUCCUCCAUUCCAGUUCCUCAUUAGGAGAAUGAUGCACCGGGGCAGGUUCACCACUAACCUCUAACUAUCGCUUUCCACCGGAGAUUUUCUGGGAUUACCACGUUUGUGGAUCAUUAUCAUCUCCUGUAACUUGGAGGUUGAGCGAGAGAAAAGACCAAACAUUAUAGCAGUUAUAUAUUUAAUUUCUAUGUUUGUCAGGGAAACAGCUCAUACAUAGAGGCAGUCUCACAACAGGGCUUGAUAGAAAACGGUUCAUGUGCCAACUGACAGUAUCUCAUUGACAUGAUAAUUAAUGUAUUAUUUGACACAACAGCAUAGUUUCUGACUGAGUGUUUGUUUUGCUGAUGUCUGGCCAACUCAGUAUCUGACACACUGUAGUGCCUGUUGAAACAUUUACUGACUGGCACAGUAUCGAACUGACUCACUUAAUUGUUGUAACUAGCCAUCACUCAAAGCCUUUGUAUUCUUGUAACUCGAAGUUUGACCCCAUUGAUGUAACCGACUCAAUCAGAAAAUUCUGUGCCCCAGAGUGAAAUUAUCAUCCAACCCUUUGCUGCUUAGAUAUUAAAUUAAAACAUUUGUUUUUCAAUCCAGAUCCUCAUCAAAUCCUGUGCUAUCUUCACAUUUUUCUUUGAGUUAAUUUUUAUAACUUUUUAAUUUAAUUUGACCUGACUCCGAGCACUUUUUGUCUUAGUUUAGUUUUGCUACUUUCUGAACUCUGCCACUUACCGGUACCCUUAUUGUGUUGCUCGAGCACUUGGCUGGCUUUGCAAUGGUACGGUGAUGCUUCUAUCAUUUCCAAAGGUUUCAACCCUGGAAAGUAUUUCUUUUUAAAUCCGAUCCAGAGAGGUGAUCUGCUCACAGCCAAUCUGAAAGGACUUUCAUGUGGUACCUGAGAAAUGUUGUUAAAGGGGCUAGUGAGGUGAGUGUCAGGCUGAACCCAUGGGGGCAGGGUGUACUAUGGCCCACACUGAGCCCCUGACAUCUCCAGGUAUUAGGUGGGACCAAUGUUCCUUUUUUUCCCUAGAUUACUGAAAUGAUUGAAGUUGGCAGAGUGGCCUGCUCCCGCACUUGGCAGCGAGAGUCCUUAAUGAAUCUCUUUUUGAGGGAGUGCACUGACUUGCUGAAACUGAGUAACCCAGGGUGAUGUUAGGAAAGGACAAAGUGUCAUGUGUCCUUGAGGGAGUGAAUUGCUGGUCGUGUGGUCCAAGUGAUCUCUGUUGUCACAUUUCAGUCUCUGUUUAUGACCAUCUGUGUAAGGGAGCAGUGUGCCAAUUAUAAGUCACUUGACUUUUGUUUUCUGUUGUUGUAUUAACAUAAUACAUCAUCACAUCAACGUAAAAUGUCUUCACAUCGCUUUGGUGCUGUUGCUGUCCUGGGCACAUCAGAUUGUGUUUCUGGUGUACUGUUUCAGUGUUUUGAGAAUAUGGUCAAAAUCGAGCAAACUGAAUGAUAGUGUGUGUCUCCAUCAUUUUCUGGAUCACUGCCGGGGGUGGGGGGGGGAUUAAGGAAGGGGAAGGAGGGACUGUGCUGCAAUGAUUUGAGGAAACAUCAGCCUGCUUGAGGUCUGUGGUGAAAUUCAGGCACUAUCAGUGUUUCUGGGCAGGAGCGAUGGUGUAUACUCCCUUGGCAUGGCGUGCUUGGCUUUCUGUCUGUUUUAUUACCAUGAGCCCUUCUCCUUCGGUUCACCUUCCAAGCUUUUCACUAAGCAUCUGAUGUCUUCAUCAGCUUGGGGCAAGGUGUACAGAGACAUGUGGCCAUUUCUAUAAGGUGUUAAGUUGAUGAGGUCUUUGACCUGUCCAUUUCUAUGUGGCAACUCUCAGUUUAGAUAAAACAGCACUUUCAGCGUAAAGUGGAGCUGAUGACGAUGUGGGCCCACUGAGCCUUGAUGGGUCAAUCUCCGUUUAACCUACUGCAGUGUAUUGUAUCCUUCAGACUCUCUCCUAUUCACUGCCAACAUGAUGUACCUUGUCCCUAGUCACUGUCUGGAGUAUCACUGCAAGGAAGCGGUCACCCAUCUAGUAUCAGACUUUGGUGCCAUCAGUCCCAGCUCAGGGUGUGGGGUGAGAGGCAGCCACUGGUCUUACUGCAGCUGCAGGUAUCUCUGAUCCAAGGACCAAUGCUUUGAGUAUCGUCACUAACUCAAGUGAUCUGUCCCAAUUUGAUAGUGAAGUCCAUAAUUGGUCCAAUGUUCCAAUCUCUAGUUAUACAGAUGUUGCUUUGUACGAUGGGAUUGCAUUUGCAAGUUCCUGAAGUGUUUUGAACAUAUCUGGCCAACUUGUGUCAUUUUAUGCAACAGAUUUCUUUUUAGUUUAGCUCUCCUGCUACCUAGGAUACUGUUACAAGUAAGUGCAAAGUUCUCUACCAUCCUGCUUUCAAAUGUCACUUUGAAACAAUGCUUCAAUAUUUGUUAAAUUUGAACUGGACUUGAAUAUACUCUGCAUUUGGAGUUAAGCAUGAUCAUAUACAAGAGGGAAAACCACUUGCCCCAUCACCUGUUGUCCAGUGUCGAAAUGGCCGUGCUUAGUCCACCACCUCCUGACAGAAAAUGGUUACUGUGUGGGGCCACUGCAUGGAGGGGACUGGCUGAAUCUUAGCACAUUCCCUGGAAGGUGCUUGGACUGGGCUGGGCAAAGUCAGAUAUCUCACAAUACCAGCUCAUACUCCAAUAGGCCAUUUCAAAAUCGCAGGCUGAAAGCUUCUGUGUAUUCAGAUAAACCUGGUGAUGUGUGACUUCUGACUGUGCGCCCCAGUCCAACCCUGACACAUCAUGGUGGGGGGGUGGGUGGGGAGGGGGGGGGGUGGGGGAGGGGGAGUGGGUCAUGUCUGCAGUUUGGGAUACUGUGCCUGUGAGAAGUGCAAUGCUGUCUGUAGUGUCCUAGAAAUCAGAUUCUGACAGGUGUCAGAGAAAUCUAUCUGUUGUCUCCGUAUGAAAGCAAGGUUUGUUAUUUGGAGAGUGAAAGUGUAGAUCUCCAGUGCAGCUGUGUACUAGCAUGCAAGUGUAAUAACGACUCCCAGCCCCACGUGGCAGGGCUGCAGACGGGUUUGCAGUGUGUGCUGAGCACUCUGAGGUGCUGGUCUGCCCUGAGCUCACUCACUAUGUUGUAUUGUGUGUUAUAGUUGGUGUCACAUUCCCAGCCAUGCAGAGAGUCCCAGUUUUGCUCCGUUGUAUAAAUGUGUUACCCUGUUGUGUUCCAUGGCAAGUGGUGGUGCUGUGCCAUGUAAUGUCUCACGGGACCAGUGGUUAGAGGUUACAUAUGGCAGAAUGCCAGGGCUGUUACUGAAUUGUAUAUAUUCUGCUGUUGUGUAUUGCCAAAACAAUGUAGUAUACCGUUUAUAUUGACUUUUAGUGUGAAAAUACUCCACAAUGGUUUUAGAAAUGUCUGUGUUGCCACAUUCAGAUUGCCAGUUCCUCUUGUAAAGCUGAUCCAUACUGAAUCAUGAUCGUGUCUAGCCCCUGGCUCUGUAAAUAAGGACACCAGUGCACACUGAACCAUAACUGUAUCGAGACAUGAGCUUUAUUUGUAUGUACUGUGUAACAGUGGAGGAUAUCCUCGUAAAGCAGUGAAUGUGAUCCAGAGAUAUUAAACCAGAACAUUGUGGGCCUGUU